AUGACACAUGAUAAAAUAAGAAAAGGAAGACUCGCCUCUCAAGACCCCAAUAAAAAAGACAAAGCCGGACGCACCAAAAUCUUUCCACUCAUCACUUCCGGACAAUUGGAGAAAGUGAAGGAACAAGUAGAACGUGGAGCAGAUAUCAACCAUCAAGAUAAUGCUGGCUGGGCGCCCUUACACGAAGCCGCUCUCAAAGGACAGUACGAGAUCGCCCAAUACCUCAUUCAGUUGGGUGCCGUUGUCAACGUUCGUGGAUUUGAAGAUGAUACACCGCUUCAUGAUGCCGCAACGUACGGCUACCCGGACCUCGUUCAGCUUUUGAUAGAUGCAGGCGCAGAUGUGUAUGCAAUCAAUACUGAUAAAAAACGACCUAUCGAUCUGUGUGAAGAUGAAGAAUGUAUAAAAAUUCUAAAAGCAAAGAUGGAGGAGCUUGAGCAUUUAGCAGCAAAAGACACAUUGGGAAGAACAGCGCUACAUCGAGCUUGUAUCAACGGCUCCAUCGAUGAAGUCACUUCUUUAUUGAAAAUGGGAGUCGAUGCGAAUGCUACCGAUGAUGAGCAAUGGACACCAUUACACUUUGCUGCAAAGCAAGGUUCUCUGGAUAAUGUGAAGCUCUUAGUGGAAUACGGAGCAGAUUUAAACAGUAAAAAUCAACAGGGAUUCACCAUAUUGCAUGUUGCUUGCCUGUAUUCACAUGACACGGUGGUGCAAUAUCUCGUUGAUUUAGGAGCUGAUGUACAUGCGCUAAAUAGAGAGGACCAACUGCCUUAUCAAGUAGCUACUUCUGUCACAGUCAGACAAAUAAUAACAGCAAAAAUGGAUGAAGAGCGCAAACUACGAGCAACAACGGAGGCCAUUGACGAAAUGACAUUUGUCUCUAAUUACAGACAGCAACGACGCAUUGCGAACAUAACAGAAGAUGAAGCCUUCCUAUCGAGGGAAGAAAGAAAAAUUCAGGCUUUGAUGCGAUCUUUUGAAAGAGCAGAAAAGAAAAAGCAGGCUAAAAGAACACGAAAACAAACUGAAAGUGCACAUAGUCCGCCAUCGUCCACAACAUCGUCACCGUCAUCCCGGCAAUCAUCCAGAGAGAACUCUGUUGAUAACAGUGCUACAAAAAAACGUGCAAAACUAUCCACUUCAUCCACCACCUUAGAUUUCCGUCGAUUAGACCCACGGAAAAGAGACACGAGUGGCCGCACUCAUUUACAUCAAUGGUCUAUCAAAGGAAAUACAGAAGCGGUCGCCUAUUUAUUAAAAGCAGGAGCAAAUCCAUGCGAAAAAGACAAUGCGGGUUAUACUCCGUUACAUGAAGCAGCCUUGCGAGGAAAAACAGAAGUAGUCAAACUUUUGUUGGAGAUGAAUGCGGAUGUGAAUUGUAAAGGAGCAGAUUUGGAUACACCAUUACAUGACGCAACUGAAAACGGCUUUCCUGAUGUAGUACAUCUAUUACUAACGUAUGGCGCGGAUAUCAAUGUGAAGAACGCACGAGGAUUAACUCCGUUAGAUAUUGCUUGCAUGGAUGGCGAUGAAAACGAUGAAAUAAAAGCAUUAUUACGCCGAUAUCAACAAAAACAAAAAGAAAAGCCACUCAAUCUCAACACGACUCCUUCCACUGCAGCAGAUGAAAAAGCACCGCCGACCUCAUCAAAGAACGACGCAGCGAUGAUGAUGACAGCGAAAAAGGCUCAUGCGCGGCAAUUAUCAGGUCAGCAUCUGCCCAAGAAAGGAUUCAAACAU